AUGCAUGCCAUGGAAUCAACUUCACUCAAUUCUUCAUUUACGUGGUCUGACUACUCGAUCACCGAAGACGAGGCAUACGUUUACUGCCGUGUCGGCGCCGCCUCAAAAACGGACACGAAAGAAACAUUCUGGAGAGCGAAUUCGCCGAAGCCAACCUUCGAGAACUGGACGAAGGCCAACCGAGACAGUGGAUUCGCCGAGAAAAUGCUUGUAAACGAGGACACUUACACGCAUUUUGAAGAGGAUUCAGUCGAAGGCGACGAGAAACACGGCGAAGACGAGGUGGACGAUCACAACUACUACAAUUUGCUACCGUUUCAAACAGGAGGCAAAGAAGAUCAUGACUACACUUAUCCGGCUUUCGAUAGAGAAAUGCCGGUGAACGUGAAGCUCCUGAAAGGGAAUACUGCUCCGAGAAGGAUCCGAGCGAAAUUUCGACGAAACGAUAGUCAGCUGAGCGGCAUCUCAGCAAGGACAGUGAUAAAUGCAGCUCGUCCCUACCGUGGAAUUCAAAAAGAACCUACCACUACUACCCCAAUUCACCUGAAUACGCUGAGCCGGAGAAAAGGCUGCUGUGUGGAAUGCAGAGAAGAAGAGUUAGAGAAACUUGACACAUGCCCAAACGCUCACAAAGUUACCUACGAGAAUUUGCACCACAUGAAGGAACUCGACACUAUUGAGCUCUAUGGUCGUUUGAUCUUGACCGCAAUGAUGGAGCUACGUUCGGCACCCGGGGGAAUGAAGCGAACAAAAGCAUUACAAAGAAAAAUCGAGAAAAUCCUACGUCUACAAACAGAGAUCGACUUGGGCAGUCCACACGAGGAUUUUGAGACGACUAUCAAACAAUUUGAAACGCUAGUAGAACGCCGUCUACGAGCCAUCAACGACAUUUCACCGACAUGCUACCAAAGAAUCGCCGAUAAACUGUGCUACACACAAAGCGCUGCCAGACGACAAAAACCGUUGUUUGUUCGAUUAGGAUCGAUCCGCAAAGGGAUCCUGAAAAUGUUAGGAAUCUAA